CUUUUUUAUUUCAUUAUAUAAAACUCAUUUUGGACAAUAAAAAUGGACACCAUUACAUUGAAACGAUAGCUUGCAGUGGUCACCCUUUGCAAAGAGAAUGCUCACGUUCCUCGCAUAGCGCACUUCUCUAUAACAAAGAUAAAAAUUAUCAAUACUGAUUAACGGCUGAUACAUCGUUAUUAAUCAGUUGUGAUUCGCUUGUGCGCGUUGUGUUACUUAUUGUGAAUUAAUUUGUUAGCAAUGGGCGCGACGGGGAAGUUCAUGGUGGUAGCGUUGCUGUCGUGCGGCAUCACCGCAGUUGUCUCUACCGCCUAUGUCAUAUUGUGCUGCCUCGCGCUUAUCUUCAGGUUUGACUGCUCUAUCGGUCAGACCAUACUGCAAAAUUCAGAUUACCUCCUUAUUUCAAUUUAUAAGCAGUACAUACAAGAUGAAAGUUGUGGAACAUUUUUAGCAAUAGACGAUUUGACGGAUUCCAAAUCAGUGUUCGUACUAACUACAGUGUCUCUGGCGGUGUCGGCCGCCAGCGUUGUUGCCACGUUGUCACUAACCAUAGCUGUACUCAGCAGAGGAUGUUGGUACUACUUGGACUUCAGUGCGUACGUGCACACUGGCCUGUGUCUGGCGAUGCUUGUAGUGGACAUCACAUUUGCCGUACAUUUCGGCUCGGAUUACACCUCACUUACGGAUAAAUUAAACGCCAACACAGUAAUGGCACCAACCAAUUAUAUGAUAGAUACAUUGAGAAUCGGUGCAUUCUUACUCAUGGUGCUGACGAUGAAAGGAUUCGUGGCUCACGCAGUAAACUUGGUUCUACUGGUGUUGUUAAUCUAUUACUUGCAUAGUAAAAACGCAGAAGAAAGACAGCAACAUUCGAUCCACAGUCGAGGACUUUUAAAUGCGUUCGAACAACCCAGCUACAAUGAACCUUGGGCGUUGCAGCAGGGUUGGACUUCUACUCUAGGGUCCAGUGGUAACGUCCACACGGACUAUAUGUAUAACGAAGGGCCGCCGCGGUCAUCGAAUUGGGAAUUCAUGCAGGGGAAUCGUUUCCCAAGGCAAGACUCGCAGCCUCGUGUGGGGACUAUGCCGCCUCGCCCGUUCUCGUACUCAGAGGACCCAGGACUGACGCCGGCGAUGCUGAGACCCACUCCACCGAAGCCUUACACGCCGAAUCCCGACUAUAGUCCAAACCCACGUUUGAAAUCUGCCUUAAAGACUACCUAUUAGUUUUGAACUAAAUUAAUGUAUUUAAAUAUAUUUUUGUAGUCAAACCAACUUUAUGUGUAAAUGUAGACUUUCUGCUAAAUUGCCCCAAGCGUUAAAACACUUUUUUUAUGUUCCUACUUAGGCCACGUUGUGCAGUAAUAUGUGCAACAUAACCUCACUCAAAAUGUAGACGUCUGUUUGUGCAAGUUUAAUUUUAUUCCUUCUUAUUUAUUUUAUUUUCACAAAGUUGUGUCUCCUUCUGUUUAUUCAAGUUUAAUUGUUUCUUAUAUCAUUAAUUUAUCACUUAAGUAUGUCUAUUAUAUUUAUAAUCAAAUUAUUGUCACACUUUUAUCUAAUGUCGUGAUCGUUAGAUACAUCAAACGGAAAUGAUUGCCACUUCUAAGCAUUUCUUAAAGCACAAUUAUGUAGUAGUUUUACAAUUAGAGGUUUUUGUAAACUUACGUUUGUCUGUGGCGCCCUCUGCCGAAAAACACGAA